CCUCCCGUUUCGGCGCCCACACGCAGCCAGCCCCGGCCGGCCCCCACGCGCACAUACGCUCGCGUCCGCGCGGCACGGUUUGCUCCCCGUUCAGCACUCUCCCCUCCGUCACUUCGGCGGUUGGCUUUGCCGCUCGUCAACCUGCGUUGGGCAUCGGCUGACGGCCGGGCCGCCGCGCGCUGCCUCGGUGCUCUCUCGCCGGCGUUCGAGAAGGCUACAAAAUAAGCAAGACGAGCAGCGUUCAAAGACACAGUAGCAGAGUGUUAAAAUACUCCUGCAGAUUGAGUGAGAUGGCGUCGGAGGUGAGCAAGAACGUGAAGGUCCUCAACGAGCAGGAGGUCACCUCGCACCAGCGUGACCAGAGCGUUCGCGCUGGGACCAGCGCUGCUGAGGAGCAGUCGGAUCCGUUGGCGCUGCAGUCGUCGAUCCUGUCGCUGACGCUGGAGGAGCUGCAGAAUUCGCUCUGCGAGCCUGGGCGCAACUUCGGGGCCAUGAACAUGGACGAGUUCAUGGCAAACAUAUGGAACGCCGAGGAGUUCCAGGCCACCACCGGCGGCUGCAAGGGGGACUUGGAGGAGGAGGCCAUGGCAACGGGAACUGGUGAGAGCGGAGGUGGAGGUGCGGGAGGAAGCGGAUUGAGCCGGCAGGGGUCGUUCUCCCUGCCGCCGCCGCUGUCCCGGAAGACGGUGGAUGAGGUCUGGGCCGAGAUCAGCCAGGGGCCGGUGGAUGCCCAGGCUCACGCCGCGCCGCAGGCCAUGGUCCAGCCGCAGAUGGAGAUCGGCGGCGUCGCGGCCAGCGGUCGGCAGGUGACGCUGGGCGAAAUGACGCUGGAGGAUUUCCUGGUCAAGGCCGGCGUCGUCCGAGGAGCCUUCACAGACCACGGCCAGGCAGCCGCGGCGGUCGGGAUGGUCCCAGCUGGGCCGAUGAGCCACAUGCAGCAAGUGCAGCUUGCGGCUCCCAUGAUGUUCCAAGUGGCGCCGGCCAACGCCGUGUACCCGGUGAUGGGUGACGGCAUGGGCUACCACAACGGGUACCCUGGGGGCAUGGUGGUGGUGCCGCCUCCCCCGCCGUCUCAGUGCGUGGCGGCCGCCGUGAGCCCGGGGUCGUCGGACGGGAUGAGCGCGAUGACACAGGCGGAGAUGAUGAACUGCAUUGGCAACGGAGGGAUGGUUCGGAACGGCAACGCGCGGAAACGCGAGUCCCCGGAGGAUGGGUGCACCGAGAAGACGGUGGAGCGCCGGCAGCGGCGCAUGAUCAAGAACCGUGAAUCGGCAGCCCGGUCACGCGCCAGAAAACAGGCAUAUACCGUGGAGCUUGAGGCUGAAUUGAACCACCUCAAGGAGGAGAAUGCACGCCUUAGAGCGGAGGAGGUACUGAGAAACAAAAUAUUGGUCAUCUAUAUUUUUCAUUGUUUUUCACUGCUACUAUGCAUGGAUCUGAUCAAACACGUCGUCUCUGUUCCAUUCUCUUUCGCAGAAGACGAUUCUGUUGUCAAAGAAAAAGAUGCUGUUGGAGAAGAUGAUGGAGCAGUCAAGGGAGAACGUGAGCGCUAAGGGCGGCCGCGGGCUGCGCCGCUGCGGCAGCUCCAUGUGGUGAAAUAUGGCGCAUGACUCGCAUUCUGUCAUUCCAUUUUGCUCGCUCCUACAGAAAGUAAUAUGGCGGUAAUGGUGUUGGAAUGGUAGCAGCAUCUUAGGCCGUGUUUGUUUGAGCUUCUGUUUUUGAGCUUUUCUGAAAAACUGUGCUUUUGAUUUUUCUGAAAAGCUGCUUUUAGAAAUAGGUUGUUAACUUUUACAAUAAAUUUUUGGCUUCUCAAAUACAUAGCUUCUCAGAGAAGCACAUCUUAGCGAGCUUCUCAGCUUUAGUUCAUUUUCCUCAGAAACAGACUUCUGGUUUCUUCAGAAAUCACUUCUCCAGAACCUUGUUUGUUCUGGCUUCUGGCUUCUGACUUCUGCCAGUAGCAGAAGCAGCAAACAAACACAGCCUUAGUAUGUGCUGUGAUGGCUGUAAAAUCUGCAAGGGCGCC